CUUGAGAGAAGCAGGGGAGGGCAAGCACAGACUGGGAGAGAUGCUAUUUUAAGCAAUAGAGGCCCCAGUUGGCUUGGAGGAGUUAUAGCAGGUGCGCCUGGAUGGCUACCAGCAUGCCCACUCAGAGGAGGAGCAAUGUCUGAGAGACAGGUUAGAGUUCAACUGAUUGACAGGAAAAAGCCUGGGAAAGUAGAGCUAGCCUGACCAAUAAAGACAAUCUUCAGUGAAGUGCCUGCCUCCAGGAGCACUGUGGGAGGAAAGUAGCCAUUUGGGGAGGUGUCUAGAGCCAAUCAUUGAAAGGGUAGCAUUUUCUGUUCAUCAGCUUGAGUCCCAGACCUGCAUGCAGGGUGUGACACAUAGCCAGAAAAGGUUAAGCAGCUUGCAGGCUAAUUGACCCAGAUUCAACCUGUUAGAAAGGGGAAGCAUUGAGCUGCAAGAUUGAGGUCUCCAAAUUCAUUUGGAUUAUCCUGGUGUUCAACAUUGGACUGUAACCUAUGGACUAAUUCUAUGAACUCUGUGCAACUCCUAAGCUCACCACCUCUGCUAUGAAACUGAUCUCAGAUCUCACCUAGCACCAUCAAGUCCCGGCCCAUGAUUGGGGCUCUUAAGUGCAACUGCAAUACAAUUAACAUUUCAGCUGAACGUGCAGAGGGAGACCUGACACAGAUGCUUUCCCAGGUGAUGAUGGGCAGGUGACAGAAAGGUACAUAUAAGCUUCAGGGACACCACACAGAAACUAAAACCACCCUUCAGAUUCUACAUCAACUACUCUGACCGUACUGAACACAUUGAAAUAAGAAGAAUCAUGGAUUACUAUGGGAAGUACGCAGCGGUCACUCUAGUCAUGUUGUCCGUGUUUCUGCAUAUUCUUCAUUCUUUUCCAGAUGGAGAGUUCCUCACACAGGGUUGUCCAGAAUGCAAGCUAGGGGAGAACAGGUUCUUCUCAAAGCCAGGAGCUCCCAUUUACCAGUGCACAGGAUGUUGUUUCUCCAGGGCUUAUCCCACUCCCAUGAGAUCAAAGAAGACAAUGCUCGUUCCAAAGAACAUUACAUCAGAGGCAACAUGCUGUGUAGCAAAAGCCUUUACAAAGAUUACCCUUAAGGACAACGUGAAGAUAGAGAACCACACAGACUGUCAUUGCAGUACCUGCUACUAUCAUAAAUCUUAAAGCCUGUCCCAUCGGUAGUGACCACGGAUGACAAUGAAUGGAAUUGUUUGUUUUUCAGCUUUUAUAGCACCUCUAUUUAAAAUAUUAGGUUUUCUGAUCAGGGCAUUUUAGUGUAUGAUCUGAUGAGAUGUACAGCUGUUUGUCUCCUCUUUACUUCAUCACGUAUCUAACCAAGUUUAAUUAUUUCCAUUAGGAGCGAAAUAUAGCACUUUGCAUGACAAAAAAAGCUUGAUCCAUUUUUAAAUAAAGUGUGAAUUAAAGUAUCAAUGUUUUCGUCAGGAAAAAGACAGUGUAAUAGUUUAAAAUUAAAAACAUUUUUGCAGGGGUUAAGUUCCAGGACUUUUGGGGGGUACAAGGGGAAAAGGAAUGCAUGUCUAUUGUUUUUGCUUAGAUAUAUAUUUUAUAAUUUUUUUUUGAAACUUGCAAAGUUUCUGUUCUCCUGUUUUCUCUCCUUUUCCUUUCACAACUUCCAUUGUGGGCAAGGAAGUUGAACCAUAUAGGAAGCCACACAAAACCUUUAUGUAGUGGUUUCUUUCUGUGUCACCGUUCCCCCCUUGUUUGAACUAGUCCUUCUCUGACAUGUUUUAUUAGAUGUAAGAUCAGAUCCUCCUAAAAUACAAUUCACCCAUG